ACGGCAGUGCCGUCGUUUACGUGGAGGUGCGACCUUCGUGAGAGCUCCGCUCCCGUCAGUGGGUUUGUGUCAGAAUCGCGCUCCAGGAAGGUCGUAAUUUGUCUCGAGAAACAAAAAUUGCGAUUCGAACCGAUGUAAUUUCCAAGUUUAAUCGAAAGCUUCGAGUUCCCGCGUACACUACGACGUGAAACGCGCCGAAGGGGCAAAAAAGAGAGAAACGGAGAAGCGACGAAGGGUGGAAAAAGAGGGAAAGCAAACAUGCCGUAAAGCCCGCCAGAUGUGUUACAAUCCGACCAGGUCGACGAUGCUCAUAGCGCGCACGACUUUCGAUCGCAUGCGACCGACGUAGACGCUCCGUCGUCGUCGUCGUCAUCGUCGUCGUCCUUGCCGCGCGUGUACAUAUAUAUAUAUAUAUAUAUAUGUGUGUAUUGUGUAGUGGCACGCGCAUGUAACCGUGUGUCUGUGUAUGUGUGUGUGUAUAGGUGAAUAUUUCCUGACCCAGCUUCUACCUGACCCAGGUACCAAACGCCUGGACCAAUCACGAUGACUACGAGGGAGCUCUAUGUUAAGGGUAGUCGAGUAUGGGUGCCGCAUCAGGAGAAGGUGUGGGAAGGCGCCGUGCUGCUGGAAAACCACAAGCAGAAACAGACGACGCUCAAAGUGAAGACGGAGGAGUCGAAUCAAAUAAAGACGUUGGAGAUCAAGACGGACGCGGAUUUACCGCCGCUACGCAAUCCCGAUAUUCUUAUAGGAGAAAAUAAUCUCACGUCAUUGUCGUUUCUUCACGAGCCCGCUGUUCUGUACAAUCUCCAAGUUCGCUUUCAACGGCACUCUAUCUACACUUAUUGCGGCAUCGUUCUGGUAGCCUUCAAUCCGUACAACGAAUUGCCCAUCUACGGCAAUGACACGAUAUGGGCCUACAGGGGUCAGGCAAUGGGCGACUUGGAACCUCAUAUAUUUGCCGUGGCUGAGGAAGCGUACACUAAAUUGGAGAGAGAGAAUCAUGACCAAUCGAUUAUCGUCUCGGGCGAAUCGGGAGCCGGCAAAACGGUCUCCGCGAAAUAUACCAUGCGGUACUUCGCGACCGUUGGCGGAUCGGCGACGGAGACGCAGGUCGAGAAGAAGGUUUUGGCCUCUUCUCCCAUUAUGGAAGCAAUCGGCAACGCGAAGACCACCAGGAACGAUAAUUCUUCUCGAUUCGGCAAGUUCAUCGAGAUCCAGUUCAACAAAAACUUUCACAUCACCGGCGCCAGCAUGAGAACGUAUCUGCUGGAAAAGUCGCGAGUGGUAUUCCAAGCGAAUGAAGAACGCAAUUAUCACAUAUUCUAUCAGAUGUGCUCGGCGGCUGAGCGACGGCUUCCGCACCUGUACUUAACUCAUCAGAACAAGUUCCACUACCUCAAUCAGGGUAACAAUCCCACGAUCGACGGCGUCGACGAUUUCGCGUCCUUCGACGAGACGAUCAAUGCACUGACGAUGCUCGGCUUCACGCCCAAACAGCUGGACAACAUGAUGCGCAUACUGGCGUCGAUAUUGCAUCUGGGUAACGUACGAAUAAACAGCUGCGAGGUCAAGGACGCGCAGGGCGGCGAGGUGGACACCGAAUCCAGCUACAUCUCGCCGUCUGAUCGUCAUCUACUGAUCAUCUCCGAGUUGUUGGGUGUCGAUGUGAACUCGAUGCGCAAAUGGCUGUGUCAUCGGAAGAUCGUGUCAAUGCGAGAGGUGUUUUUGAAAUCUAUGAACGUAGAGCAAGCAAUCGGUGCGCGAGACGCUCUGGCCAAACACAUCUACGCCGAGCUUUUCAAUUGGAUCGUGGCCGGUAUCAACAGUUCGCUACAGUCGCCCAGUAAAGUGCAGUAUUUUAUCGGCGUGUUGGACAUAUAUGGUUUUGAAACGUUCGAGAUAAAUUCGUUCGAGCAAUUCUGCAUCAACUACGCAAACGAGAAGCUCCAGCAGCAGUUCAACCAGCACGUUUUCAAGCUGGAGCAGGAAGAGUACUUGAAGGAGGACAUCGAGUGGACCUUCAUCGAUUUCUACGACAAUCAACCGUGCAUUGAUCUGAUCGAGACGAAGCUCGGCAUUUUGGAUCUAUUGGACGAGGAGUGUCGGAUGCCGAAAGGCUCGGACGGUUCCUGGGCAGAGAAACUGUACACCAAGUGCAUCAAGUCAAAACAUUUCGAAAAACCGAGAUUUGGCACUUCUUCUUUUCUCAUUCACCACUUUGCCGAUCUCGUGCAAUACGAAACCAUCGGCUUUCUCGAGAAGAACCGCGACACCGUAAUCGAAGAACAAGUAAACGUGCUAAGAAACAGCGAGAACAAGCUUCUGAAGAAGCUGUUUAGUAACGAAGAUCCGAAGCUGGCAGUGCCGCACACUCGAGUGAGGGUGUCGGCACAGAAGAACGUGCCGUCCAAUGCGUCCAACAACAAACAGAACAAAAAAACGGUCGGUUCGCAGUUCCGUGACUCGCUCAACAUGCUGAUGGCGACGCUGAACGCUACAACGCCGCACUACGUGCGUUGCAUCAAGCCGAACGACUCGAAAGAAGCUUUCGAGUACAAUCCAGUGCGAGCGGUGCAACAACUGCGCGCCUGUGGCGUUUUGGAAACCAUCAGAAUUUCCGCCGCCGGCUUCCCGAGCCAGCGAACGUACGGCGACUUCUUCCAGAGAUACCGCUGUCUCUGCAGAUUCAAGGAGAUACGACGGGACGAUCUGAAGGAGACCUGCCGGCGCAUCCUGGCCAGAUACAUCAAAGACGAAGACAAGUUCAAGUUUGGUAAAACCAAAGUGCUCUUCAGAGCCGGUCAAGUGGCGUACCUGGAAAAACUGCGCGCGGACAGACAGCGAGACGCCUGCAUAAUGAUCCAAAAGACUGUUCGUGGUUUCAUCUAUAAUAAUCGGUACAGAAAGAUCCGCAAGUCGAUUCUUCUUCUCCAGAGAUACGGUCGUGGUCACAUCGCUCGACAGAAAGCGGAGGCUGUGAGGAGAGAAAGAGCUGCGGUGAAGAUACAGGCGCGGGUGAAGGGUUGGCUGCAGAGGCGAUGGUAUUUGCAAUUGAAACACACGAUUCUCGGCCUACAGACGCACGGCAGAGGUGUCAUGGCGCGCAUCAGGUUCAGGGUGAUGAAAGACAACGCCGCUGCAACGACGAUCCAGAGAUUCGCUCGAGGAUAUCUCGUGAGAAUGGCGUGCAAGAAGAAGCUCAGAGACAUAAUCAUCGUGCAAUCGUGCAUAAGGAAGCAUCAGGCAAAGAAAGUCUUCAGACAACUGAAAGCCGAGGCCAGAAGCGUGGAGCACGUCAAAUCGCUUAACAAGGGAUUGGAGAUGAAGAUCAUCACACUCCAACAGAAGAUAGACGAAAUGACAAAAGAAAAUCAACACUUGAAGAAUGUACAGAACGAAAUGGUUGACUUGAAGUGCAAACUGGACGUUUUGAAGUCCGUUGACAUUGAGAAUAAGAAAUUGAAUGGAGUGGUGCUGGAGAAAGAGAAGGAGCUGAAAAAGAUGCAGGAGUAUCUGCAAAAGGAGACUGACGAGAAAAUGGACAUAUUACACGACAAAGAGAAAAUCGCUCUAAAGAAGGACCAAGAAAACAAACUGCUGCGAGAAGAAAACGAGAGAUUACGAAAGGAACUCUUGAUAGCGACCGAGAAACUGAAGAGCAACCAACGUGGUGCCGAGGAGAAUCUGAAGUAUCGACUCGAGCAAGAAAAAGAUCUGAUCCGAAUGGAACAGGAUCAGGAUCGUGGAGCGUAUCAACGACUGCUCAAGGAAUAUCACGAUCUGGAACAACAUGCGGAGAUACUGGAACAAAAACUGGCGGCACAAGGAUUGCUUGGACACUCGCGCUCGUUGAGCAACGCUUCGAGCAACAACGAUCAUGUCACGUCCACAGAUCUUCCGCAGGACGAUCAGAACAUCGAUUUUGGCUACGGUUCCGUAAGGUCCACGGCAUCUUCGUCGACGCCUUAUUCGCGAGUGGAAACUAUCGAUUGGAAUCAACAACGAUCGGAUAGCCCACCGGACGGUGAAGUUCAAUCCAACAAGUCGCCAUCGGAAUUGAACGGACCUGCGCAUGCACCUGUGGACAUUGGUUUGGUUCUAAAACUGCAACAAAAGCUGAAGGACGUCGAGAAAGAGAAAGGCAGACUGAUCAGAAUGGUCGAGGACAUGGAACGCGAUAGUAACGAGGAGUCUACCAGAACGCAGGAUUCGUUCAGGCUUCAGGAACUGGAAAUGGAAAAUGCACAACUUAAGAAAAACUUGAACUCUCUGAGGAAGACCGUAUCAUCGUCCAGCCCGUCGUCAGCGCAACAAAAUCUCAUGAUGCAAUUCGAGGCGCUGCAAGAGGAACUGGAAAGGAGAAGAGAAGAGUGUAUUCAGUUGCACAGCGUCCUGGCCGAUCAUACACGUAGAAUGAAGAGUUUAGGCGCCAAUUACGGUCGCGACGUGGAUAUCAUAAACGAGGACGGCGAGCUGGUACUCGCCUUUGAAGCGCAGAAGAAGAUUAACAGACAACUGGAAGACGAGCUGCAGGCGAAAGAAAAGAGUUGGCGAUCGCAGAGAGACGAAUGGCGAAACGAGAUAGACAGGUUGCAGGAAGAAAUAGAGAGACAGCAGAAGCUGCUCUCUAUCAAUUUGAGCAAGUCGCCGCAGACGCAGACGGAACUUUACAUGCAGCACGAAGUUGCCAGACUAACGUCUGAAAAUUUGGAUCUACAAGAGAGAUACGAUAAAAUAGCGGAAGAAUGCAGACGCUACAAAAAGCAAUGCAGAAUUCUGGCGAAACGACUGAAGGAUGCUGGUUUCGAAGGAGAGGAGCGUCCGUAUGUGUUAAGAAGCGCCGUGCCUAACACGGUGGAACACUCGAAUGAAACCACCGUCGUGUCCAGUACUCACGGAGAAAACAGUAACAUGCCUGCUAUUCGUAAGAAAGAAAGGGAAUACGAGGGAAUGUUCGAAUUCAGAAAAGAGGAUAUCAACGUGAUUAUCCGUCAUUUAGUUAUUGAACUGAAACCCCGAAUCUCAGUGACGUUAUUGCCGGGCUUGCCCGCCUACAUUCUCUUCAUGUGCAUCAGACACACCGACUACAUCAACGACGACGACAAGGUGCGGUUGUUGUUAACCGACUACCUGAGCGCAGUUAAACGCGUGCUGAAGAAACGCGACGACUUCGACUAUAGAGUACUCUGGCUCAGCAACACCUUGCGGCUGUUGCAUAAUCUGAAGCAAUAUUCCGGUGACAAGCCGUUCCAGAUCGAGAACACGCCUAGACAGAACGAGCAAUGUUUGAGAAACUUCGAUCUGGGCGAGUAUCGCGUCGUGCUAAGCAACAUGGCGCUCUGGAUCUUCAACAAUCUCGUGACGAAUCUCAAAGAGAGAAUUCAGGCGCUCACGGUGCCUGCUUUGUUGGAACACGAAGCGAUACCAGUUCCGAUUGAUAAGACUGGACGACCCAGAUCGUCUUCCGUAGGCGGCGAACCCGAUUCUACGCAACAGAAACUGGACAAACUUCUCGACGAGCUGACAUUAGUUCACAAGACCUUACAGUUUCACGGGGUGGAUCCCGAGGUCGUGAUGCAACUGUUCAAACAACUGUUUUACUUCAUGUGCGCCAGCGCUCUGAAUAACUUAUUGCUGAGGAACGAGCUUUGCAGAUGGACGAAGGGUAUGCAAAUAAGGUACAAUAUGAGUCAUUUAGAGCAAUGGAGUAGAGACAGGCGAUUGGAAGCUGCGUCGGAAGCACUCCAGCCCAUCAUACAGGCGUCGCAACUUCUGCAAGCGCGUAAAACAGACGAGGAUGUUAAUUCCGUUUGCGAAAUGUGCAACAAGUUGACGGCCAAUCAAAUAGUAAAAAUCUUGAAUCUGUACACACCUGCCGAUGAUUACGAGACCCGAGUUCCUGUAUCGUUUAUUAAGAAAGUACAAGAGAAAUUGAAGGAACGCGGCGAGAACAACGAACAACUGUUAAUGGAUGUAAAGUAUUCCUAUCCCGUAAGAUUCCCAUUCAAUCCGUCGGACAUUCGACUAGAAGACAUCGAGGUACCUGAGGUGCUUCACUUACCCAUGCUCAAGAGAGUGUAAUGCAAGCACACACACGCAUACGAUCCCGGUAAAGAUUCCCAUUCUACUAUAUCCGCCUUUAGUUGAGAAACGUUUAUUCGCGAAUAACCGAAAGUCGCUUAGCCCCAUUUGUUCGUACGAAAGUUAGCCGUAGCGAUAUAAAUGUAUAAUUCGGCUACGUAGGCGUAUCGAGGACGGCUCCUCCAUCGGUAUCACGAUUUAUAUGUUUCUUUUUUACUCGGGUAAUUUGCAGAUCUUACGAUACGUCGUCAUUCCGUCGUCGCGCUCGCAUUUCAAGUCAAUUCUGUUUAUGUAGAUAGAUAAUCGAGUCUCGGUAAGUAAGAGGAAGAGAGCGAUAUAUUUCGUUAUUGUUACUGUAUAGCGUUGCAUGUUGUUGAAAGGUAAGGGAGGCAUGUACAAAGUUCCUACAAGGAUCUCAUGUUGUUUUUUUUUGUUUUUUACGAUAUUUUAUUAAUCAACUCUUAAUCAAAUAUUGAGAAAGAAACAAACACGGGAAAUCAUUAUUCGGAAUAAUUGUACCAUUUAGAGUGAUUUUUGUUCAUUUUGAAUGGAUUUUUUGAAGGAUAAAUCGAUAUUUUUCCACAUAAUCCAUUUUUUAAUUGUUUUUUUAUUUCACGUGAUGUAACAAUGUUGCAAGAAAUAAUUUUGAAUUAUUUUCGCGCUAAUAAUGGCACACAAUAGAUUCUCCUUGUGUAAGAACUUCGUACGUAUGUGAAUAAUGUUGAAAAGUUGUUGAAGAUGUAAGUAAUGUAAUGUAAAAAGAAAUCGCACGGUGAGAUAAGAGAGAUAUACGUUACGUUUGGAAUAGAAUUGUAUAUUUUGUGAUACGCGGAAGAAGAUUUGUGUCUAUAAAUAGCGAGUCCGAUAUUAUACGGGCCGAAAGAAGAGAACGAAAAAAACAAAAACAAAAAAAAAAAACCAAAAUGAGCGCAACCGAAAGAGAAACCAGGAGUAUAUAGUAUUGUACACUCUAAUUUAUAUAUGUACGUGUGUAUGCGAUUGUGUAUUUUUUUGUGCCAUUUUACGAGUAGAUCGUAACGAUAUAUAUAUAAUUUUUUCAUUUCGGUCUGCCAUUAAUUUUGCGCAUUACAAACACAUUCCACAAAAAAAACGGCGUCUGAAGAGAGAGUAAGAGAAAAAGAAAGAAUCCUUCUCCUUCCCCGAAAACUGUUACAUAUAGAAUAUAUUUACACACAAUUAUACCUUGACUCGAUGUGACAUAUUUAUUUGUUCCUACAGUGAAAAAAUAAAAGCUGUUGAUGACAGUUCUUAUUCUCAUUUCUAACGCUUUUACGCGAGAGAAGCAGUCUUUCAUCAUCAUUUCUUCAUCUCUUCAUUAAAGACCAUAUAAUAAUCAUUGCAAUGACAUAAGUGCACUUUAUAAGCUAUAAAAAUGUAAAAGAAGAACAGAAGUACGCGAAAGAUAGGG